CCUUCAUCUUCAUUCCUCCCUAUGGGUGCUUCCUAUGUGUUGGUGGUUAUAGGUGGCAGCAGUGAAGGCCACUUGAGUUUGGAUGAAGAAAGAAGAGGAUGACCAGCUCCCAGCUGCUUCCAUCCCUGCUACCUAUAGAGUUCAAGUGCAGCCUGCUGAGUGGGGAAAAGAUGAAGAUGGUCGAUGCUGUGCUGCUGGUGACGCUGUGGCUGUGUGCGGUGCCCCUGCGCAGCGGCUCUGAACGUUGUGAUGACUGGGGUGUGGAUACCAUGAAACAGAUCCAGAUUUACGAUGGGGAACCCGCCAAGAUCAAAUGCCCACUUUUUGAGACCUUCUUGAAGUACAACUACAGCACAGCUCAUUCUGCUGGCUUAACCCUGAUCUGGUACAGGAUUGGGCAGGACCGAGAUCUGGAGGAGCCUAUUAACUUUCGUCUCCCGGAUAACCGCAUCAGUAAGGAGAAAGACACCCUUUGGUUCUGGCCCGCUCUCCUCAAUGACACUGGGAAUUACACGUGCAUGCUCAGAAACACAACUUACUGCAGCAAAGUUGCCUUUCCUUUGGAGGUUGUUCCAAAAGACCAAGGCUCUUGUGUGAGCCAUUCAAUAAAACCUGUUGAGCAGAUGUUCUACCUGGAGUAUGCUAAUGAAAAGAUCGUAUGUCCAGACAUUGAUGGGUUUUACCCUGCUAGUGUAACACCAACUAUCAAGUGGUACCAGUCUUGCAGGUUAGUGGAUGGCUUCAAUGAACGACAUCCUCAAGGGUCCAAGCUUGUCAUUGGCGUUGUCCGCAGCGCAUAUGAAGGGAAUUACACCUGCAUUGUGACAUUCAAGGACCAUGGAAGAACAUAUAAUCUCACCAGAACCGUAAAGAUGAAGGUGGUAGGAUCUCCAAACAAGGCCUUGCCACCGCAGUUCACCUCCCCAAAUGAAAAAGUUGUCUACGAACUGGAAGCAGGAGAUGAUCUUGUUUUGCCCUGUGAGGUCUUUUUCACCUUUCUGAAGGACUCUCGGACUGAGGUGUGGUGGACUGUAGAUGGAAAGAACACAGAUGACAUCAUGGAUGCCAAAGUCACACAAAGCGAAAUUCCUAGAAGUUUUGAAGACAAAACUAUCAUAAGGACUCUAACAGUUGCAAAAGCCACACCAGAGGACUUGAAACGCAAUUACACUUGCUAUGCCAGAAAUGCCAGAGGGGAAGGCCAUAGCCAGGCCAUAGUGCGCAUGAAAGUUGCAGCACCGAAGUACACUGUGGAGCUGGCUUGUGGACUGGGAGCAACCAUCCUGCUCGUCGUGGUGCUGAUCGUCAUCUAUCAUGUUUAUUGGCUUGAAAUGGUCCUCUUCUAUCGAGCUCAUUUUGGAACAGAUGAAACCAUUCUAGAUGGGAAGGAGUAUGAUGUGUAUGUCUCCUAUGCACGCAAUGCGGAGGAGGAAGAAUUUGUGCUGCUGACACUGCGAGGAGUCCUGGAAAAUGAGUUUGGGUACAAGCUGUGUAUCUUCGACAGAGACAGCCUCCCUGGGGGAAUUGUCACAGACGAAACCCUGAGCUUCAUCCAGAAAAGCCAACGUCUGCUUGUUGUCCUGAGCCCCAACUACGUCAUGCAGGGGACACAGGCCCUGCUGGAGCUCAAGGCUGGUCUAGAGAAUAUGGCCUCCAAGGGCAACAUCAAAGUUAUUCUAGUGCAGUACAAAGUCAUCAAGAAGAGCAAAGUGAAGGAGCUGAAGCAGGCCAAGGCGGCCUUGACUAUCAUUAAGUGGAAAGGAGAGAAAUCGAAGUUCCCAAAAGGCAGGUUCUGGAAAGAGCUACAGCUGGAACUGCCAGUAAAAAAAAUUAUCAGGAGUUCGAGCCUUGAUCGGCAAGAGCCAUCGUAUGUCUCCCUAAGAAAUGUUUGAUGCCAUUAGCAAAACAAACAAACAAAUCACAAUCCAGAGCCCACCCACAGAACAGAAAAACCCACAAAAAAUAUAGAAGUUAGGCCAGGGACUGGGGAGGAGCUCAAGCUAGGUCUAUGUCCCAUGUGUUUCAGAGGACAGUUGUGCCUCCCUACAGCUUUUCUACUGUCCUGGCACUAGAAAGACCAAAGAUACAUAUGCUUUUCUCUGUGAUUGUAUGCCCUUGUAAUGAACCACAGAAGUCCUGAUCUCAGGGUCUCUGUCUGGGGUCUUCAGAUGGGGUGCAGCCAGCACCUUGUCAUAAUGUGGCCUUUGUACAUGCCAGUUCUUCUUGAUCCAGUUCCUAUGGGACAUUUCUUAGAUUCCAAGACAGGGCUUCUUUCUUCUUCUCCAUUCACUCCCUCCUGAUUGUUGGUCCCUGUAACACAGGCUGGGAUUCAAUUUGAAUGGAACAUAGAGCCUUUCAUUUUGACCUGGGCAGCAAUAAACCAGAUGAGGUUUAAAAAAAGAAAGUGUAGAAUUUUGCACCUGGGAAGGAAUAACUGUGAGUAUCAAUACAGAUUGGAGGAUAACCUGCUGGAGAGGAGCUCUGGGGAGAAGGACCUGGGGGUCCUGGUGGACAACAGGUUGGAGAUGAUCCAGCAGUGUGUCCAGGGAUCCUGGGGUGCAUUAAAAGGAGCAUGGCCAGCAGGUCAAGGGAGGUUGAUCCUCCCCUUCUACUCUGUCCUUGACAGGCCUCACCUGGAGUACUGUAUCUAGUUCUGGGUACAAAAAAGAUGGGGAUCUCCUCAAGAGGGGCCAGCAGAAGGCCACAGAGAUGAUAAAGUGCCUGGAGCAUCUCUCCUAUGAGGAAAGGCUGAGCGAAGUGGGUCUGUUCAGCCUUGACAAAAGAAGACUCAGAAGUGAUCUUAUUAAGGUUUAUAAGUAUCUUAAGUGUGGGAGUCGAAGAGACAUGGCCAAUCUCUUUUCAGCAGUCUAUAAGGAUAGGACAAAGGGAAACAGCCAUAAACUUGAGUACAGGAAAUUUUGCACCAGUAUGCAAGGGAACUUCUUCACAGUGAGGGUGAUGGAGCACUGUACCAGGCUGCCAAGGAGGUUGUGGAUUCUUCUUUUCUGGAGGUAUUCAAGACCUACCUGAAUGUCUACCUGUGUAGCGUGCUGUAGGGGGCCUGCUUUGCAGGGGGGUUGGACUCGAUGAUUUCUGGAGAUCCCUUCCAACCCCUGCAAUGCUGUGAUCAGUGUCCCAGCCCUGCAAUCCUGAUUGCUAUGGGACUGCACAUUUCUGCAUUGAUGGGGGAAGCAUAAACUCUUGAAUCUCCUCAUCUUCUCUGUGUACAUUUCUAUAGAAGCAGUUGCAGAUAAUUUAGCAAUGUGGAAUUGCUGUUACAGAAGCAGUGUACAUAUACGUUUUUUAAACAUGCUCUUCUAGGUGCUAUUUGUAUUGUAGCAUUUCUACUAAUAAGAGGUCUGUCUCUAGGACUCUCCAAUCUUCUGAGCAUCUUAAAUCCUUCAGGACUAUAAUGUUUGUAAUCUAGGGAAUAGCUCUCACUAGCCCAGGUCAUCUCUGAGAGGUUCUUCUUUGAAGAGUAAGCUCAGGGAUUUCACAAGCACUGCAAAGAAUCCUAGUAUACUACUGAUCCCACCUGCUGUCUCUGUGCUGCUGGCUGGGGAAAGCAUUGUGCAUGGUGCUGCUGGAGGCUUUGAGAGAACAGUGGUUAUAUGCCCAACUCUCCAGGGAAUCCAGCAAAAGUACUUGAGCUCAUUGAAAGCUCCAUCCAGCUGGGUAAGACUUGGUGUGCUCUGCCUGGGUCUGAAUAACAUAGCUGUUUGUCAUUUGGGGCUGAGGUUUAAACUGGCCUUGGUUUUACACAGCAAACUUUCACCCCUCUUGUUUCUAAUUGCUGAACUGGGAGUGUAUUUCAGGUUCUGCAAUUUUUGCACAAAAUGGAAGUAUGAAACCCACUGAGUACAAGCCCUUGCUUCAAUAGAAGGCAAGAGGCGUAGGAAAAUACCUUGUGGAUUAACCCCCAGCACACGAGACUUUCAGCACAGUAAUGGGGGCUGUAGGACAGACCAAAGCACAGCAGGACCCUAGCAUUAAUUGGUGCUGUUAUUCAUAACGUUUCUACAUAAUACUAUAAGCUCCAGGGGUGUCUGUUCUCCUGCAGCUCCCCUUACAAGGGCCUUCUAACUUAAUUGUGGUAUUCAGUACUACACAUACUAAGUGCAUGCUUAUUUUUUUUGUAGAUAAUGGGUGCUCCUGAGUCACUUCUGACUCAUGGUUUCUCUCCAUUGGUGUUCAAUGGGUGAAGCAUAGCUAUUGAUAAUGGCAUUAAAAAAGCAUUAUGAGAUGGUGUCUACGCACUAUUCACUCAGCUGGCAGUGAGGUUUGAGGGUAUUCUGGGGAUCAGCCCAUUCCAGCCUUGAAGCUGAGUCCUAGAGUCAGCAAAGGCCUUGCUUGUAGCCUUUUGUGCUUAAUAGUGUUGUGGCAGGGCAGCAGGCAGACCCAGCCACCUGCAUCAUUGAGGCAAGUACUGUACCAACGUGGAACAUAUAGCAGUUCCUUUUUUCCCACCUCCUUUUCCAUCCCUUACCCGCUCUCCCCCUCACUCACAAAGCAAGUAAAUUUUGCUUUAAGCACGUGAAAAAUUGCAGUCGGCUUCACUGAAGGUCAUGGAGCUCCUCAUCUGCUCAGGAUAUGUAAAAGCUUUGCUGUUGCUGAACCUUGUUUCCAUGGCGGUUGGUGUAGAGGCAAAGCUGCUUCCCACACUCCAGCAAGCUUCAUUGACAGGAGGUAGCAACCAAGGCCAUGCUAAGCUUCUUGAAUCCAUUGUAACUGCAUCAUUUUGCCCAGCUUUCCAUUUUUGUUAGAGAUUUCGGCAUCAGUGUGAUCAGCUGCAAGAUAUGCAGGCAAAGGGAAGGCCACGAGGCCAAAGCAAGACUGUGUUAGAGUCUAACGUGAUUGUUAAAAAUUUGACUUAAAAAUAUACAUCACCAUGGGCCUUAUGGGGAUCUUCCAGGCCAGGGGUGGUCCCCAGUCCCUGCUGCAUUGUCAACCUGAGAACUGCUCUGGUACACCUACCAUUUCAUCCGGUGCUCCAUCUGGUUUCUGUGAUGGCUUCUGUCACAACGUCUGUCCAGUUCCCUUGAUUCUUUUAUGUCUCCGUGCCUUAACCUAACAUUUAUCAACAUGCAGCUCAUACAGAGUUCCUUGUUAUUUCCUAGAGAAACAGCCUUGCACGAAUUGGAAAUAAUAUUUCUUUCCUUAUACUGUUUGAUGUCACGUAGCCGUUACAGAGUUUCCCCUUCUCUUUUCUGUACAUUUUUGACUUCGUGUUAUUUGACCUGUGAAGCGUCAGUAUUAUUUUAUUUUGCUUUUCAAUAAAACAUUUUCACCUUUGCAUUUCA